AUGUGGCGGCUUCUUGUAGCCCUCGCAGCGGCGCGCGCUGCGGCGUCAACAGACCCAUGGGUUCGAGUGAGGCAAGUGUUGCAGAUCCAGCCGUUCAUCAAGGAUGUGGCCCUCCUCGUCGGAGAUGGGAACCAGCGCCUCUUCGAGAUGGAACGUGGCGACAUUACGCUGGACACGCCUCUCUGGGUGGCCUCCUCAUCGAAGAUGGUUUUCGUGGUGCGGGCCAUGCAGAUGAUCGAGAAAGGUGUGCUGCAGCUGCACGACCCAGUGAACAAGUAUCUUCCCUACUGGACACAAGACUCCAAUGACCCUCGUUCACAGGUCACCUUGUACCACCUGUUGAGCUUCCAGUCUGGCUAUACCUUCGGCCUCACAAAGGUGGACUCGUGCUGGCUGAAGCCAUGGUUGAAUUUCAGCACAUGCGUGGAGCGCCUGUACCACUCGCUGCCGCUGCAUGCCACACCGGGCACGGUCUGGGACUACAACGAAUUCCAUAACCAGGUGGUUGCGGCAGUUCUGGAGAAGGUGACUUCCACUGAUAUCCACACGCUCCUGGCAGAGGACUUAGUGUCCUGGAACAUGACCCACAGCCGCUACCCGGACCACUUCGGACCUGGGGGUCCCGAUGUGAGCGCUGACCUGGUCACUACAGCGGUGGACUAUGAGCAGUUCAUGAUGAAGUAUUUUGGUGGGCAGCUCCUGAAGAACGAGACAGUGACCAUUAUGGAGCAGGACCACAUGCCCGCAAGGUGCUCACUGCAAUCCUUGCCGCUCGUCAUCCCCCAGGGCCACUAUGGCAUUGGCAACUGGUGGCUCUGUUCGGGUGAUUUCGACCCGCUGAUCCACCGAACGAAGCUGGAGCCAAUGCCAAAGCGAUGCGUGGAGGCACAAGUCCACUCUGACCAGGGCCUUUUCGGCUUCUGGCCUGUUUGGGAUCGCCGUCUGGGCUACUGGAUGCUGCUGGCAGCACAAGGGCUGCCCUUACUCUCUGACAUGAAGGCCGAACUUCUCCAAACCGUGUUGAAGCCCUUCAUAGACAAGGCGGUGCAGGAGCAACGUGGCGCAAAGUUGCCGGAGCUGCCCCUGCCUGAUUGGGGCCGCCUUGCAGCGAAGGCAAAGGUACAGACGCUGCCAACCAUGGUAGUUUAG